GGGUGGGGAAAGGCAGAAGUGGGCUGGCUAUGUCUGUACAGUAAUUACAAGUAAAUUUCUCUCGAGAAAAGGCGUUAUUUCAUCAGUCACCGACGGCUCGCUGUUAUUGCAGAGGUCCAAGUAUGAGAAGACCAACUCUGAUCUUUCUUUCGUGUUUGUUUACACUAUUUCCCCCGCUUCUCUGUCAUCAGCAGGGAUCGAUCCCCGAUGGAGAUCUUCUAGUGCUGACUGUAGCCACACAGGAGACUGAUGGCUUCAGGCGUUUCAUGAGAUCUGGACGACACUUCAAUUACACCAUCAAGGUCCUCGGGAGGGGUGAAGCAUGGCAGGGUGGAGAUUACAUGUCACCUCCAGGUGGUGGACAGAAAGUGCGCUUGCUGAAGUCUGCUCUGGAGGAGAUACAGGAAGAGAAUAAAGUCAUUCUAUUUGUGGAUAGCUACGACGUGAUCUUUUCUUCUGGUCCAAAAGAGCUGCUGAAGAAGUUUCAGCAGGCCAAACACAAAGUUGUGUUUUCUGCAGAGACUCUGAUCUGGCCAGACCGUCACCUGGAAGACAAACAUCCGCACGUCAGGGAAGGGAAGAGGUUUCUUGGAGCAGGAGGCUUCAUUGGCUAUGCACCCAAACUUAAAGAAAUGCUCUCUGACUGGUCAGGAAAGGACAGUGACAGUGAUCAACUGUUUUACACCAAGAUAUUUAUCAACCCAGAGAAAAGAAAAUCUAUAAAUGUAACUCUGGACAACAAAUGCAGAUUGUUCCAGAAUCUUCAUGGAGCUCUUGAUGAGGUUGUACUGAAGUUCGAAGAUAAACGUGUGCGAGCCAGAAAUGUACUUUAUGACACACUUCCUGUUAUAAUCCACGGCAACGGACCCACCAAACUCCAGAUAAACUACCUGGGCAACUACAUCCCAAACCUGUGGACAUUUGAAACAGGCUGCACAAUUUGUAAAGAGGACUUGCGACCACUUUCUGCACUCCAGGAGAAUGAAUAUCCUGUUGUGGUCAUUGGGGUCUUCAUCCAGCAGCCCACUCCAUUUGUCACUGUGUUCUUUGAACGCUUACUCAAUCUUAAAUACCCUAAAAACCGACUCAGAUUAUUCAUCUAUAACCAGGAGUCACACCACGAUCAACAAGUUCGUACAUUUCUAGAGUCUCAUGAGUCUGAGUACAAGGCUGUGAAGCUGAUUGGACCAGAGGACGGUUUAGAUCUGGUGACCUCACGUAAUAUAGGCUUCGAUAUGUGUCGAGAUGACAUUGACUGUGAAUACUUCUUCAGCAUAGAUGUGGAUGUGGUUUUAAAGAAUGAAGACACACUUAAAAUCCUAAUUGAGCUCAAUAAGCCUUUCAUUGCACCAAUGAUGACCAAACCAGGGCGACUAUGGACGAACUUCUGGGGCGCGCUCAGUGCAGACGGGUACUACGCCAGGUCAGAGGAUUACAUGGACAUAGUUCAAGGACGCCGGGUUGGUUUGUGGAAUGUGCCGUAUGUGUCUCACAUAUUCAUGGUGAAAGCAGAUGAACUGAGGACUGACCUCAAAUCUCCGGAUCUGUUUGAGUCUGAAACGCUUGAUCCAGAUAUGGCCUUCUGUGCCAACAUCCGAAACAAGGGAGUCUUCAUGUUUGUAACAAAUAUGCACACAUUCGGACGAGUUUUAUCUACAGAAAACUACCAAACGAACCACUUGCACAACGAUCUCUGGCAGAUUUUUGAAAAUCCUGUGGACUGGGAGGAGCGAUACAUUCAUGAGAAUUAUUCCAAAAUCUUGAGAGACCAUCUUGUAGAAACACCGUGCCCUGAUGUGUACUGGUUCCCUAUUUUCACUGACGUGGCCUGCAAUCAUCUUGUUGAAGAAAUGGAACAUUUUGGCCAAUGGUCGGGAGGUGCUAAUGUGGAUAAUAGGAUCCAGGGCGGAUAUGAAAAUGUCCCCACAAUUGAUAUCCACAUGAAUCAGGUGGGCUACGAUAAAGAAUGGCAAAAGUUCCUGUUGGAUUAUAUAGCGCCUGUCACAGAGAAAAUGUAUCCUGGGUACUACACCAAGGCUCAGUUUGAUCUGGCGUUUGUAGUUCGGUAUAAACCAGAUGAACAGCCCUUGUUAAGACCUCAUCAUGAUGCCUCCACUUUCACUAUCAAUAUAGCACUCAAUCAAGUGGGGAUUGACUACCAGGGUGGUGGCUGUCGGUUCUUGAGGUACAACUGCUCCAUCAAAGCUUCCAGAAUGGGCUGGGCACUCAUGCACCCGGGACGCCUCACUCACUACCAUGAGGGCCUGCCCACCAUAGAAGGGGUUAGAUACAUCGCUGUCUCAUUUGUAGACCCUUGAGUUGAGCUCUUUCUUUUGGACUUGAAUCUGCUUUUCCACAAGAAGGGCUAGAAAAGAUAAUCAACAGGAGUUUGUGCUUGAACAUGUUGAAACAGUGCCUUACAAUUGUGAAUAUGUCAGUGUAAAUAUUGUUUUAACAUUUCUGUUACAUAAAGGCAUUCUUUGAUGUUGAUAUUAAUGAUGAAUGUUUAAAGCAGUUUGACAGAUCACUAUGCAAUAUGUGACUUCCAUGCAAGGGCAUUUUUACUCAGUUUUAUUUAGUGUCAUAUGUUGAAGGGAUUAUUCAGAGAUGAACUUUUUAGUAAUGCAUACUGAUAACCACACCCGUGGAGAUAUGUUUUGACUUGGACAUUCACAAACAUAUCGACUUGUUUUUUAAUGAAUGAUAGCCCUCAAGAAUUCAGUGCUGCUGUUUGAAAACAGCCUGACUUAUGAUUUGUUUUCUUACUGCUUAAUGUUGCUUGUUUAGUUUGGCAAUUUAAUUUCUUGCCUUGUUUAUGAAUCAUUAAUCAUAAAUUUGGAAAGAAAACAAUAAAAAGCAGAAAAAUUAACAAAUGCUUAAAAUGCAUAAAUGGUUAUUAGCCAUGAUAUCAGUACAUAAAAUGUUAUUCUGGUGUUGUUUAUAACCAGCAGCUAGUAAAGUUUUGUUCAGUCAGCUUUGUUCAUCUUCAUCUGUCCAGUUUAGUUUACUUUAUUAAUAUAAAUACAGGUGAAAUCAGUGAAUCUUAGUCAGAGUGUGCAUCGAAGCUAUUGUACACAUCAAAAGAGAGGAUAAUUGA